AUGUAUUACUUAGGUGAUCAUUUUUGUCAACAGGCCUACUCCAUCAAUAACGAGUCCAAGCACCUGCUAGUAUUUGGUGUGCCAGCCCUCAAUCUACGACAAGAAACGAAAGCUCUGUUCUCCAAAUUUGGCAAACUACAAUUUAAUAUAACGAAAUACCCAGCUGAACAGUUUACGGAAACUUACCAUGCCAAUUUUGAAGACAUCCAAUCCGCGAGGCUUGCUAAAAAAAUGUUGGAUACUAAAAACUACUACGGUGGACAUUUACAUAUUAGUUAUGCCCCGGAAUUGGAAACAUUGGAGGAGACUAGACAAAAGUUGAUGCUGCGUAAACAAAAUGUAAUAGGCAGGUUGAUAAAUUUGGCAAAGUCUUCCGAUAAUGUGGUCGUGGAGCCUAAAAUUGUGCCUGAAGUUACCGUACAAGAAAAACAAGAAUUAGUGGAUAAGAAGACGGUUUACAUGGGUGAUGUAAAUGUGAUUAAUGAUAAAAAUGGUACUAAUAAGAGAAAAGUUACUGAUUACAAAAUGGUGAAACAUUGCAAGCUAAAAAAGUCAAAGAUAUUUGAUAAGAAAUUGGUUUCGGUUACUGCAAGCACUGUUCCUAAGGGUGUGGUAGAAUCAACAGAUUCCGUUAAUUUAGAAUUCACAGUGUCCGAGGAAGCGGUUAAAGUGAAUGAUAAACCGUGUGAAGUAGUGGACUGUACAUCUGUUGAAGCUGAAGUGAUCACUAACAUUAAUGAACAUUUGAAUUAUAAUAAUUUUGGUAAAGAAGUUAUUAGACAAGUGCCACAAAAACCUGUUAAUAAAAUUAGAUUUAUGUUAAAUAAA